AUGCAGCUUUUCAUUAAGUUAAUUCCUUGAGGUAUCCGGAUGCUAAUGAAAGCUAGUGAUAGUGUGCUGCAUGGAUUUAUGGGCUCAAAUUAUUGCACCGGGUAAUUAUAACAGCAAUUUAAUUGCUUCAAUUUGUAGAUUUAUUGGCCUUUGUUCAGUUCUGAUGCUUUUUUGCUUUUUCCCUCUCAUUUUCUUGCUUUCUUUCUUUCUCCGUACAUCCCUCUCGUCCCCUCAUUUUUGCCCUCCCUUUAUUUCUCUUGCAGAUGUUAUUUGUUUUCGCCGUCAUCUGUGCAUUUCUACAUGUCAGCUACCAAAGUCCAAGGAGUCACUGGACUCUGCUGCCCAACAUUCUGGUUGUGGAGGUGGAUGGUACUUUGAGCCAGCAGCCCCUGAGCUGCAUUGAGCUGCCAGAGGAGCUUAUGAGGAUAGGCAACCAGAGCCAAGGUAUUUUUUGGAAGAAGAAUGGAAAAGAGGAAGCACAGAGAGGAAACUCAUAUCUGGUGCAGCUGGAGGAAAGCCUCGGAGGGGGCAACUACACCUGCCACAGCAAGGACGGAUCGCUCCUUAAUCACACCGAGGUCCUGAUCUCAGAGGAUGAAACCAAGAGGAGGAAGAUUCUGGUGAAAAAUGACCAAGAACAUUAUUUAAAGUGCUCCACUCAAAAUUACAACGGAGAGUUCCAGUGCUCCUGGACCUGGCACCCCAGUCGCGUUGGCAAAGUAGCAUUCAUCAAAGCUCGACGUGUUUCUGACAACAACAGCGUCCAGUGUUCUUUAGACUCCAGUUCUCAGCAGUGGGUGUGCUUCUCGGAUCACAGCAACUUCAGCUGCAUGGUGGAUGACAGCGGUCGCGGGAUCUCCUGCCUGGACAAGCAGCACUGUCCUUACGCUGAGGAGAGUCAGCCCAUCCACAUCACUGUCUAUGUCAGGACCAAGCAAUUCCUGGUGGAGGACUACUCGAGGCAUUUUUACCUGUCAGAGAUAGUGAAACCUGGCAAGGUGAGGAUCGUAAAAAUCAACAGCUCUGUGAUCGAGUGGAGUUACCCGAGCUCCUGGAGCAGCCCCUACUCCUACUUCCCCCUCACUUUCCAGAUUGCACAGCUCAGGGGUGAAUGCAGGAGGUGCAACAACCCGUGUACUGACUCAAAAGCUGCCACGACCGAGAUGGUCCACUCUCCAGGCAUUUGUCAGUUUCCAGUGUGGCACAAGGCGAAGGUCGUGUGUGUCAGAGCGAAGGAUGCCAUCUGUGACUCACAAUGGAGCGAGUGGAGCCAUGUCAGUUUGAGGGGAAGCAAGAAAAACAGACGGCACAACAAGGAAGAAGCGUAAAAAACGAAAGAUCCCAUCGCUGGACUUCUCAAGCAAUGCUACAUGCUUUUAUCUAUUUCUAUUUAUUUGAUCUAACAGCUUGGCAUUUGUAGUGUGUAAUCCUUAUUGACAAGUGAAGAAAUGAAAUAAAAAUUCAGCACAA